UACCUUUAGGCGCCUUAAAUAUAAUCCAACAGCCUGCUGCGGAUGAAAUGUGAUACCCAAUUAUAUGAAAUUAUUUCUUUCUUUAAUCCACACCUCAUACCUUUCUCUCUCUCCACGCUGUCUACCUAACGCAAUCUUGACCUCGCCCCAGGGUACUUAACCGAGGAGUCAACCGUCGGCCAGAGCUUAAUGCAGCUGGAAGGUGAAACAGAUUUAAACCCCAAAAAAAAAAGCCAAAACAAUCUAGUUCGCUCGAGUUAAAGGUGAAACCACUCGUUCGAUGGAUGGGUUUAAUCGAAUUACCCUUCUCGGCCGGUGCAACAGCACCACACUCCCCCUGUUCAACGAUGCUCAAGGGCAAAAGAAAUGCAAAACCAACCACCGUUGGGAGGGUGAAACUCAUCGCCAACAACGAACACCUUCUGCUUCAGUGGCUCUUUCUUCCCAAAAUGCGUCACGUACUAGCCGGGCGAACGAAAGCGAGACGCCCGCGAGAAUGGCGGGCGAAAAACAAUGGCCACAUACACAUGCCGAGCAGUUUGUUCGCAUUCGCACGCGCCAAAAAAAAGCCCCCCUAAAGUGCGACGGGUGCAAAGCCAUGAGAGUGCCAUGAGUCUUCUGCAUACGACUGCCACUGCUCAACCCCAUCUGACCAGUAGUUAGAUGAGGCUGGCAGUGGUUAGAUUUAAAAGUUCGCUGCAUUUUAUAGCACCACGGGCACUUCCACACACACCUUGUCACACAUUUGCACAAGUCACGGGAACAAGGGGAGUUGCGCGUGGAAAAUUUCUGCUUUAAUUGAGACCUUCCAUCCGCGCACGAACCCUGUGGGGAAUGUGUUUCUUGUGUUACGUCAGGGACCGGAGGGGUAGACACAGUUGAUGAACGAAGAGUGGCAUGAAAAUGACGUUUCCUCGCUUUGCCGCUUUCUGCUCAAGGGCCUCAUGUCUGUUUCCCCAUUUGGUGAAGAAUGCGUUGCUUGGGCACAACACCAGUUGUUAGCAGGCUUCGAGUCUUCCAUGGUAACGAGCGCAUCGAAAGCGUUGUUGCCAUAGUCACGCCUUGCGCUAUUGCGUUGAUGUUCCUGUCAACCGGGCCACAAUCAAAACAGUGCUCUGCUUGUAACGUGCAACAAAUUCUUGUUCCUGUUCCGUCCUGCCACAAGAAAUCCCGCAGACAGACCCCGAAAGAAACGCCAAACCCCGCACAAUGUCCAACUCAACAGCGAGCAACAGCCCGAACAAGAAGAAGAAACCGCUGCCGUACUUUAUGGAAAGGACGGAAGAGGCGGCCCUGCCCUCGUUCCAGAACCGGCGCACGCUGGCCGACCACGUCAAGGACAAUAUGCUGUGCGCCGGGCGGAAGAGUUACUUCCAGCGCAUCGUGUACGUUGGCCGCCAUCCAAAAGUGACGGGGAUGACGCUGCGCGACCGCUUUCUGAAGCUCAUCAAGGAGCUGCAGGAGUGUACGGUGUGCGAGAUCAAGCUGUUCGGGCUGAUGAUGAACUUCGACGGGUACACGGUGCACAUGGUGGAGAGUGCGGAGGAAACGGUCGGCGAGUAUCUGCGCACGCUGGCGGCGGCCGACCUGUUCGAGGAGAGCCGGGUCGUGCUGGUGUACAACAACAUCAACCAGCGGCUCUUCCGCAAGCUCGUCUGGCGCGUGUCGGACUAUCUGAACGAGCUGAAGCGCACCGAGCUGGACCAGCGGGACCCGAACCUGACGCAGGGCACCAUCAACGCCUUCCUGGUGCAGGUGUACCAGCUGUGCAAGAUGGUGCGGGAAGAGGAGCUGGAUGAAAGAUCCGCUUUUAAAUCGCUCUAUCUGGACGAAAACUACGAAGAGCACACGCCGGACAUUGCGGUGCUGGAGUAUCUGCUCGGCCUGAAGUGUCUGUUCACCGUGCCCGAGUACGCAUCGUUCUACGGCCGGCUGCCGGACGUCAGCAGCUUCCGGGACCUCGUUUGGCCCAUCCCGAAAGAUCUCACGCCGUACGAUGUGUUCGAGACGGGGAAAUACGAUGUGAACCUAACGUUCGGUGGGAAAUAAACUGCUCCUUCUAAAUUGGAAAAUUGGCUGCAAAAAUAUGUUUUAAUACCAUCGCCGAACGCGCCGGGUAAGCGUGUCCAAUCGCGUAACGGAGGUGGCAUUUUGUUGCAUCAUUUCCACCCCAUUCGGAGGCACUGAGAGCACGAUAGCAUGGGCGGCAGGCCAACGUUUAACACCCGUUUUGCAUCGAUCGAUCACUCUGGACACUUUCUAGGGGGGGCUCUCCCGUGGCUUGCCAUCAACUAUUGGCAACGAUAUAGUCGAUUCAAAUGAGGUGGAAAGUUGGAGCCUGAUCGUUUCAGUAUCGGUGUAACCUUUCACCAAUUGCUGGGUUGCAAAAGUAAUAGCUCACACGAUAAUCGAUUAACAUGGCACGAUAGUUGGGUCUGUGCUGUUAUGGGACAAGUAGUAAUGUCCAACGCAUAAUCAACUAGUUAGGUAAUACAGACUGAAAACUCCAAUUUUCAAGUGCCUGAAAAGACAUUAAACGCGAGAAUUUCAAUGCCCACGACGACCUCGCCUUUAUUCAAAUUCGAAUGUUACACCGCCGUGUUGGCAAUGUCAAGAGCACCCCAAGCCCCAAACCGAUGACAAUUGCGGGCAAAAAUGUUCCAUUAGAUGACAAAUGGUGCUCUGGGCGGCAAGAUUUCGCCUCCGUUUGUCUUGUAAUGGUGAUUACUUCAUCGCAACCAGCAUCCACUCGUUGUAAAUAUUCAUCCGCGACUUGGAUUCUACACUCGGGACAAGCGUCUGAAUCGAUUUAACCAGAGGCUUUCCGUUUGACGCCAUGGAACCACACCAACCUUCCAUACACGGGCAUGAGGCUCUGUAGCGUUACAGUUUGCGCCCGCCACCUUCCCCGCCAGCGCAAUACGCAAUCACUUUAUGAUCGCGCGAAAAAGAAAUAAGCCAAGACAGGUCGAGAUCGUACAUUAACCAGCUGUACUCGAUAUAAACCGAUCGUUCGUUCGUUCAUUCCAUUCGCACUUUCGGUGUGGGCACCUUGGAGGGCGGGGGAGAAUUUACGAUGACCAACACACGCAUCUGGCGCACCCGGUGGGUCGCUGGACGUUGGUGGGAAUGCUUCAGAAUGUCGACACUUUGAUCUGAUCGAGACACCCACAUCGGCAGGUCGGCAAAGAACGAUCGUUGGAAAUAGUGUGUGUGUGCGGACUACGCUCCCUACGCAUUUGACUACCUGAAGUCGAAGGUGGCCACCAGCUUUACGACUCCGACCACCCUUUUACCUCUCUGUCAAGAUGCCCUCAGGGCAGUCUCGAGCAGUUUCGAGAGCUUAAGCUGAAGUGUAACGCCACAUGAUUGACUGCGCCAACUCGUAAUGCCGCCUUCGAGUGUUGACCACCCGAAGGUCAUCACCUUCCCCGUAAAAGCGCCGCCGAAAAGUAAUGUCCGGUGGCAACCAAAAAGUGCACCAAAAACGAGCGUUCCACACUACGAUUCAUUGAACUCGCUCUGUUUCCCGUUUUGGAACGCCCACUUGCAAUCCAGGGCGUGUUCCAGACUGCCGAUGACGCACCUUCUGCUCAAGAACACAUUUCUUUUGACAUUCUAACGGGGCUUUUUUUGCUUUCAUAUUUGGUCAUUUGUUUCAUUUCUCAUUUUUGUUUC